CAAUGCAAGUGGAAUAUGCACCUUUUAUUAGGUGAUUUGAACUGCAUUCUGGAUUAACCUCAAAACUCCUAAAAAUCGAAAAAACACCUUCCUGAUCCAUCACUGAAAGGACGAAUCAUCUUUAUAUUUUAGGACAAUUUCUUAUUAAAGUUCUUGGUUCAAGGAGAAGACACGUUAGUUGCUUUUCAGCAAGGAGUAGAUCUGUGCCUUUACCAUGGCUCGCUGCCGCCCCUGUGACCUCAGGGUGCUGGUAGCCGUUGCAUGUGGGCUGCUGACGGCCAUCAUUUUGGGACUGGGCAUCUGGAGGACAGUGAUAAGGAUCCAGAGAGGUAAUGUCACCCUGUUUUUUGCUCCCCCGUCGAGCACCCCUACAGUGUUCUGCAGGAAUGGUGGAACCUGGGAUAACGGCAGAUGCAUUUGUACAGAAGAGUGGAAGGGACUGAGAUGUACCAUCGCUAAUUUCUGUGAAAAUAGUACCUAUAUGAAUUUUACUUUUGCCAGAAUUCCAGUGGGCAGGUAUGGAACUUCUUUGGAAACAUGUGGCAAGAACACUUUAAAUGCCGGCUCUCCAAUAGCAACCCGCCUGUGCAAUGUGUCUAUAUAUGGAGAGAUAGAAUUACAAAAUGCCACAAUAGGAAACUGCAAUGAAAAUCUGGAAACCCUGGAAAAUCAGAUAGUCAAUAUCACAGUGGACUCUAAGAAUAUUUCUGCUGAAGCCCAGGUUUUAACAUCUGAUGCCAGUAAAUUAACUGCUGAGAACAUCACUUCUGCUACUAAAGUGGUUGGACAAAUCUUCAAUGCAUCCAGAAAGGCUGAACCUGAGGCAAAGAAAGUUGCUGUAACAACAGUGAGUCAACUUCUGGAUGCCAGUGAAGAUGCUUUUCAAAGAGCUGCUGCUAUUGACAAUGACAAUGCCUUUACAACGCUUAUUGAGCAAAUGGAGAAUUAUUCCUUGACUUUGGGCAAUGAGUCAGUUAUGGAACCUAAUGUAGCAAUACAGUCAGUUAAUCUAGAAGGCUCUGAGGGGUCUACAAAAAUUCGCUACUCAGUGUCCAGAGGAUCAAGUGAGUCUCUAGUUUCUUCCUCAACAUCUGUAGAUACAAAUGUGGACAGACUUGAUCCAGAUGGACACACUCAACUUCAGAUCUUGCUCACUACCAACAAAAGUACUAAGGCAUGUGGCUUUGUACUAUAUCAAAACAAUAAGCUUUUUCAAUCAAAAACCUUUACAGCUAAAUCAAAUUUUAGUCAAAAAAUUAUCUCAAGCAAAGUGAAUGAAAAUGAGCAAGAUCAGAUUGUUUCUGUUGACAUGGUCUUUAGCCCAACGUACAAUAAAAAAGAAUACCAACUCCAUGCCUAUGCCUGUGUUUACUGGAAUUUUUUAACAAAAGAUUGGGAUACCUAUGGUUGUUACAAAGACAAGGGUACUGAUGGAUUCCUGGGCUGCCACUGCAACCAUACCACUAACUUUGCUGUGUUGAUGACUUUCAAAAAGGAUUAUAAGUAUCCUGAGUCACUAGACAUACUGUCCAACAUUGGAUGUGCCCUGUCCAUUACUGGUCUGGCUCUCACGAUUAUUUUUCAGAUUGUCACCAGGAAAGUCAGAAAAACCUCAGUCACCUGGGUGAUGGUUAGUCUGUGCACAUCGAUGUUGAUAUUCAACCUGAUUUUUGUGUUUGGUAUUGAAAACUCUAAUAAAAACUUGAGUAGAAGAGAGAGUGACAUAAAUAUUGACUUUGGUGAUAAUCAAAUGCUCACAGAGGACACUAUUGAAACCCCGAAUCCCUCAUGCACAGUGAUUGCUGCCUUCCUGCACUAUUUUCUGUUAGCCACAUUUACCUGGAGUGGACUCAGUGCUUCACAGCUUUAUUUCCUUCUUAUCAGAGCCAUGAAGCCUCUUCCUCCACAUUUCAUUAUUUUCAUCUCAUUAAUUGGAUGGGGAACACCAGCUAUAGUAGUGGCUAUUACAGUGGGAAUUAUUUAUUCCCAGAGUGGGAAUAAUUCACACUGGGAAUUAGACUACCGGCAAGAAGAAAUCUGCUGGCUAGCAAUUCCAAACAACAAUGACUUUAUAAAGAGUCCAUUUUUGUGGUCAUUCCUUAUACCUACAAUCAUUAUCCUCAUCAGCAAUGUUGUUAUAUUUAUUGUAAUCACAAUUAAAGUGCUGUGGAAGAAUAACCAAAAUCUGACAAGCACAAAGAAGGUUUCAUCCCUAAAGAAGAUUCUUAGCACAUUAUCUAUUGCAGUCGUUUUUGGAGUUACCUGGAUUCUGGCAUACUUUAUGCUAAUUAAUGAUGAUGACAUCAGGAUUGUCUUCAGUUACAUAUUCUGCCUUUUCAACACUACUCAGGGAUUGCAAAUUUUUAUCCUCUACACUGUUAGAACAAAAAUCUUCCAGAGUGAAGCUUCCAAAGUGUGGAAGUCACUGUCGUCAUCAGUUGGGAGAGUGAAGUCCCUGCCUUCACUGAGAUUACGAGUUCGGAUGUAUAAUAUGCUCAGGUCCCUUCCAGCCCUACAUGAACACUUUAGACUGCUGGAACCAUCUCAAGUAAUAGAGGAAACGACACUCACUGAAAGUGACCAAGCAAACUCAAGCAACUAGGCCGUGAAACUGUUACCUACUGUGGUCUUUUUAUCCAACUCAUAUGAGUAUCCAUUUCUUUCAUUUAUUUCCUAGUCCUCCUAGAAAGCCUUCCUAGGUAUAUAUAUAUAUAUAUUUUUUUUUUCAUGGUUAUAUGAAUUGUAAGGCUUGUUUUUUCAUUGUCAUCAGGGAUAAUGGAUUUUGUAGUUUUAUUGCAUUCAGUAGACCCUUAAUUGAAUGAGGUGAAUAAUUCUACACAACAUUCAAGAUGGUCGUUGUUCCUUACAUCAGUAUAUGACAAACUUUGACAGAAAUGCAGAAACUAUAGCAAUUUUUUUCCAAAUUUACUGAAAAGAAUAUGAGGAGAAAAAUUUACCUGUUCAACAAAAUAACUCCUAAUGAAGGGUAGGGAGUUGCUUGUAUAUAUAUCAUACUUUGAUCUCUAAAUAUUUUAAAAUUGUAUGUGUUUGUACUUUUACUUUUUUGCACUUUUAUUUCCAAUGAAGCAUUUGGCACCAAUUUAACGUCUGGAAAUUGGCUUUUUUUUGGGGGGGGGUCUGUUAAAAAAAAAUCAUGUUUUGUGACCAGAGAAAUAGGCUUUGUAAGAAAUGGUGGAAGAAUGGUGGUGAGACAUAUUAAUUGGUUGCUA